CAUCUUUUGGUUACCUUUAUAAACUAUUUUUGAAGAUAUCACUCUUUCUGGUUGUCCUGUGAUAGGAUCAUUUAUGAUAUGUUUUAGUAACUUCUUCUAGAUCUAUCUUUGAAAGUGACUAGGUUUGGAAAAGAGGAUACAUAGGGUGCUUUUUGAAAAAGAACAUCUUUUGGUAAACUUAAUAAACUAUUUUUAAAGAGAUCACACUUUCUGUAUGUCCUAUAUUAAGAUACUUCAUGAUCUUUCCUAGUAAUUGAAAAAGUAACUUCUUUCAGAUCUAUUUUUGAUUUUGACGACUAGCUUUGGAAAACAGGAUGAUCUCUUAAAAAGAACAUCUUUUGACUACCUUAACGAACAAAUUUUAAAGUGAUCACUCUUUCUGGUUGCCUUAUGAUAAGAUAUUUUAUGAUCUUAUCUAUUAAUUGAAAAAGUAACAUCUUUUAGAUCUAUUUUUGGAAGCAGGAUAAACAGGGUGAUCUUUCUUUUGGUUACCCUAAUGACAUAUAUGUAAAGUGAUCACUUAUAGAACUUUCUGGAUGCCCUAUGAUAAGUUACUAUAUGAUCUUUUGGUAUACAGAAUACUAACAUCUUUCACUUACAGAAUCUCUCAGUGGAAGCUGCAAGCUGUUUUGGAAAUCGGGAUAAAUAGGGAGUCCAAGGGAGUACAAGGGAGUACAAGGGAGUACAAGGGAGUACAAGAAAGUACAAAGGAGUACAAGGGACUAAUAAUAAACCACUUCCAAAAUGAUCACAAAAAAACCACCUUCCGGAUGCUCUAUGAUAAGAUACCAACUAUGAUCUCCUCUUGGUAUGUGGAAUGGAGACAUCUUUUAAUUACAGAAUCGCUAAAGAGAUCGCUGCUACGACAGACCGCAUAUAUGCCCAGUCAUUGGAAUCGAAUCGUGUGUCUGCCUUGGAGCUCGAAGAUAAGUCUUGUGACGUUUUUAACAGAGAGGAAGAACGAAAGUCAUCCUUGGCUGAUUGGGUGAGGUGGGAAAUUAAGUACAAUACCUAGCGAUAGAACCCCAUACAGAUGCGAUAUACACGGUCAUUCCCAAACGUUAA